UCUAGUGGUAAAAGUGUGAGCCAUGGAGACGGCAUGGGCAAACAAAGGCUAGGACGAGUCAUAACGCACAGCCAGGAGGCCAGAGAGCUCCCUAUGCCCUCAGACUCCACCUCCAGGGCCACGCCCACUUCUCAUCAGAGGCGGUGGUCAGCUGACCUCAGUAAGUGUGGGAGCCCACAUGUUAUUACUGUGAGGAAGAACAAGAAGGAACCACAGCCUCCUCAGCGAAGAACGUCUCUUUCCAAACCUCCUGCAGCCUCUGAUAACUUAACCAGGCGCUACUCCUGCCCCCACACCAGAAUCUUGAGCUCAACAUCAUCUUCCUCCUCCUCAUCCACCACCUCCUCCUGCUCCUCUCCUCCUCCCAUACAGACCUCCGCCAUCACCGGCAAUGACCCUCUAGGCUGGAGGUUGCGUCCCAAGUCGAGCCUCACCACCACCCAGGCUCGUGCCAACAGGCUGUCUCUGCAGAUCCCCCUCCCUGUCGUCCUCCCAGACUGCAAGUCCAGGCCUGUCCCAAACUCUACACCAGAUAACUCCCUAAAUCAAGUCCGCUCCCCGAAAAUUAAACCCCCUCUCGGAGCCAAACCAUCACGUCGGCGCCACUCGGACUCCUCAGCCUUCCUCAGAUCUCCGGCGAGCCCUCAGCCCCUGGUGACACUUGAGGUACUCUGUAGCGUGCGUCUACGUCGGGUCGCCCAUUCAGACGAGUCCGACGACGUCUUCAGUGAGGUGGAGUCGCCGGUGACCCCUCAGCGGAAAAUACCACCAGCUGUUCCAGAAAAAACCUUCACAGCCAGACAAAUGGCGCGGCGGAUUGCUCAUUCGGCGCAUCGCUGUGCACCUGUUUCCACCAAAACUACAGAAGACAUUUACAGAAGAGUGAAGCCUGAAUAUAAACAAGCACAUCAGACUACAAAAUCUGCAGGACUGCAUCUGGACACCAGUUCCUCUCCACGCUUCCCUGGCAGAGAAAUCUGAACCUCCAGCCUUCAUCCCCAAACCUCCAACACCGUUCAUUAUCAAGCUGUUGUAAAAUAAUUCACAGAUGCUGCAUGUACAUUUGUGAGGAUGGGAAACCAUGGCCUAAUCUGAGGUCUUGUUUUUUUAAAUCAAAGUGCUGAGAUGUGUGCAUGUGUGUUCCAAAAAGACAUUUCAAAAGUGUUUAGUACAGUAUUGUGUUUUUUUUCUCUGAUGUAAAUAUCUGCUGACUCAUCUCUCUCAAGCAAUUAUGACUUAGUUCUUCCUGUCAUUCACAUAGCAAGCCGUUUUCAGACAUGAACUCAAGAGGAUGUCUGUAGAAUGGGGUCUGGACUUUCUCUGGAGUUUGCUUUUCGCACAAACAACGGAGCAGCAGAUUCUCUGCUCAGACGCAUUCACAACAACACAAAUCUCCAGAUUGCCCAGGUGAGGUGCAAGCAUUCAGAUUGGUUACAUGUGUACAUGACGGAAGUAAAAUUAACCUGGA